UUGACAAGUACACGGAAUCUGACAGGAUGUGGGAUCUCCAGAGGAGGAUUUUCACCUUGAACAUGGAAGUCAUUAGAAAGUGGUUGAACCACUCAGGAGGAAGACUCCCGCUGGAAAUUUCAAAGGAGAUCGACCUGAUGUUCUCCUCUGCGAGCUGCAUCAAUGGAUCCUUCCUGUCAACCGGUCAUCCGGAUCACUACAACACCAGCAGCAAAUGCUCAGGAGUGGACAUGAGCACGGCUCGCGUGCUGUUCCACAAAAUCAUUCAGAAAGAACACAGAGAGAUCAGCGAACAGGUAGCUGCCAGUAUGGAGAAGAACCUGAUCCCCAGACUCAGUAAUUCUCCUCCAGACAUUGAGGCCCUCAGGCUGUACCUCACUCUUCCAGAGUGUCCUCUCUUCCGGGACCGAAACAACUACGUCACCAUCACUAUCCCGUUUGCCAAAUGUGUCUUGAUCCUGAAAGAGGCGCCGCUGAAGGUACUAGGAAACUGGUGGUCGACCUUGGAGCCCCCCGUGUUUCAGCGCUUGGUAGAUUUAUACAAGGACGUGGUUGUGUACCUUCUCCAGAUGCAUAAAGUUGGAAUUCCCUCUGUAGAGUCCAGGAUCUUCACCUGCUUCCUGGACACUUCCUUGAGACUCCUGGAGAUUCUGCACAAAGUGAAUGAGAGAGCAGGUCAGAUCAUCCAGUACGAUAAAUUCUACAUCCAUGAGCUGGAUGAGCUGAUAGACAUCAGAAAUGACUAUGUGACGUGGAUCCAGAGGCAGAUGUACCCACUGGGUCCUGAUGGUGUGGUGACCCUCUGCAAAUACCCCUUUGUCUUUGACGCCCUAGCUAAAACAACCCUGCUUCAAACAGAUGCUGUCAUCCAGAUGCAGAUGGCGGUUGACCAGGCCCAGUUGCAGAACUUCAGCUCCAUGUUCAUGCCUGCUGUGGAGUCGGUCAACCCGUGUCUGAUCCUCAUCGUUCGAAGAGAGAACAUCGUUGGAGAUACAAUGGAGGUUCUCAGGAAAUCAAAGAAUGUGGAUUACAAGAAACCACUGAAG